AUGGCAAGAGGCAAUCGUACCACAAUGACAGAAUUUGUCCUCAUGGGAUUUAUAGACCGUCCUGAGCUCCAGCUCCCCCUCUUUGUGGUGUUCCUGGUGAUUUACCUCAUCACCCUGGUGGGAAACCUUGGCAUGAUCCUGCUCAUCGAGGUGGAUCCACAGCUCCACACACCCAUGUACUAUUUCCUCAGUCACCUGGCAUUCAUUGAUCUUUGUUACUCAUCUUCCAUUGGGCCUAAAAUGCUGCAAAAUUUGUUGGUGAAGAAGAAAACCAUCUCCUUUUCAGGCUGUUUUGCUCAGCUGUAUUUCUCCAGUGCUUUUUCCACUACUGAAUGCUUCCUUUUGGCCACAAUGGCCUAUGACCGCUACAUGGCUAUCUGCAACCCCCUGAUUUACACGGCCAUUAUGACGCAGCGGGUCUGCAAGGAGUUGGUAGUAGGGGUCUAUACCUAUGGCUUUCUAAACUCUGUGAUACAGACAGUUCUGACUUUCCAGUUGUCCUUUUGCGACUCCAAUGUCAUCCACCACUUCUACUGCGCUGACCCCCCUCUCCUUGCUCUCUCCUGCUCUGACACCCACAACAAAGAAAAGCAGCUCUUUAUCUUCUCUGCAGUGAAUCUCACUGGCUCCUUCCUCAGUGUCCUCAUCUCCUACAUCUGCAUCCUCUUUUCUGUUAUAAAAAUCCAGUCAUCCGAGGGCAAGUGCAAAGCAUUUUCCACCUGUUCCUCCCACCUCACUGUGGUCAUCAUCUUCUAUGGAACACUGUUUUUCAUGUACCUGGAGCAACCUAAAGCAGGGAAUUCAUGGAAGUACAACAAAGUGGUCUCUGUGUUUUAUAGUCUUGUAAUCCCCAUGCUCAACCCCCUGAUCUACAGCCUGAGAAAUGGGGAAGUAAAGGACACCCUGAAAAAAAUGCUACAGGGCAAAGAGUCAUAG